UUAGAAAGAAGAAAACCCCAUUCACGGUUUAGCCCUAGAUUGCUCAGUGAAGUUAAAAAGAAGAGAAGAUAGUACUAGAGAAUCCACGAAUCAAGAAAGAGAAGACAAACAGCGAAUAGAGAUGUCGAAGGUGUUGAUGCAGCCGAUAGGGCAAAAGAGGCUAACCAACGUGGCGGUUGUUCGAUUAAAGAAACAUGGUAUUCGCUUCGAGAUUGCUUGUUACAAGAACAAGGUCCUUUCAUGGCGGUCUGGCGUAGAAAAAGAUUUAGAUGAAGUGUUACAGUCGCAUACUGUUUAUUCAAAUGUUUCUAAAGGAGUUCUUGCAAAGUCUAAGGAUUUAAUGAAAGCCUUUGGCACUGAUGACCAGACCAAAAUAUGUCUUGAGAUAUUGGACAAAGGGGAACUUCAAGUUGCUGGGAAGGAGAGGGAAUCUCAGUUAUCAAGUCAGUUUAGGGAUAUAGCAACAAUUGUUAUGCAGAAAACAAUAAAUCCUGAAACUCAAAGACCUUACACUAUUAGUAUGAUUGAGCGUCUUAUGCAUGAAAUUCACUUUGCUGUUGACCCACAUAGCAGUUCCAAGAAGCAGGCACUAGAAGUUAUUCGUGAGCUUCAAAAACACUUCCCACUAAAGCGGUCUCCAAUGCGACUGCGACUUAAUAUUGCUGAACCAAAUUUGUCUACUCUUCUGGAAAAGCUGAGUACAUGGAAUGCUACCAUUGUGUCAAAAGAUGAAUCUGGAAGUCAGCUUUCUAUUAUAUGCGAAUUAGAUCCAUGUUUUUUUCGGGAGUGUGAUGUCAUGGUGAGGAAUCUGCAGGGCAGGUUGGAAAUUCUUGCUAUGUCUGUGCAUUUUGAAGGGGAAACCCAUGUAGAUGAUUAUGAUGACCUUGAAGAAAUGCCGUCAAGCCUACCGAAAGAGUCUACAGAUUCUGUGAUCCAACUGAGUGAUAAAAUGCAAAAGCAGACUAUCUCUAAGGAAAAGAAUACUGAGGACGAGGUAAAGCAACAUAAGUGCAACACUUGCACUGCAUUUGUUGGUGAUGCCAAGCAGUAUAGGGAUCAUUUUAAGAGUCAAUGGCACAAACAUAAUUUGAAGCGCAAGACCAGGCAACUCCCACCUCUUACAGCAGAAGAGUGCUUAGCUGAUGUGGACCUAGAUGACUCUAAAGCAGAUUUAAAAGAUUACUCAUUUUGACGUGAGACUGAGGUUUGUUGAAACAUUUUGUGUAGAUUCGCAUUGUUGUAUACAUUUUUGCUCCAUGUUUUAUGCUAGGCUUCAAUUAGAGCUUAUAGAAAUUGCCAACAAAACGUGUUGUGAUAUAGUUCAGUUCAAAGAAGGCAUAUCUGAGUUCUUUUAUGUUUACCUUUUAUUUAUUCAAUUGACUUUGCUGAUACAGUUUUUUCUUUUUAUCCAAAUAAUAAACAUGAAGUUUGCAACA